AUGGCUCCCGUGCUCCUCGAAGACGAGGCGUGCGGCACCAAGGUAGCCCUCGCGAAGGACAUCCCCGUGGCAGAGUCUGGCGCGGAGGCCUUCCUCAAGGAGGUCCCCAAGAAGGACCUGACCGCGUUCGCCAAGGCCGUGUCUGCCGCCCACAAGCCGAGCGCUUUCGCCGACUGGACGACCCCGUCGAACCCGCGCCGCAACAACGGGCGCGAGGGUGAGGCCAAGGAGUCUCCAGAGGAGAAGCUCGCCACGGCGGGCGACGCCGACCGGACCGUCUCGGCCAAGGAGUCUCCGGGGGUGAAGCUCGCCACGGCGCCGAUCGCCUCGCACGCUUCGGGCAUCUCCGGCUGGACCAACCCGUCGAAACUGCGCCGCAAGAAGGCGCGCAAGGGCUCGUCCGCCCGGGUCGGCCGCGUCGAGAACGUCUCCCGGGUCGGCGGCAAGAACCGGUUCGGGGCCCUGCUCGGAACGAACGGCAACGAGGACGUCGGUGGCGGCGGCAAGGUGGCCCACAAGGCGCGGCCGCCCCGCGGCUCCACGCCGCCGACCACGGACUCGGGCAUGGUCGAGACGACCACAGUUCCCACGCUGGACAGCUCCGUCUCUGCCUCCGGCCGGUUCUCGUGGCCCAAGCUCUGCCCGUCCUACAACUUGCUCCGCCUCUUUGCCAGCCUGGCGCUGAUCUGCCUCGGAGCCGCGUUUGCGCACUCCUCGUACUCUGCCACCGCCGCGCUUCUCUCCUCGCAGCGGAACGACUCCCCGUGGCCGACAUCGCCUCUCGCGACCGUCGCAAAGCCGUUCACGCCGGCAUCGCCCAACGGCUUCUGCGAGGUUGGCGGCAUCGACACCAGCUCGUUUGUAGCCAUCGUAUCGUCGGACAGCGCGCCCGCCAACCACCCGGUGCGUGCUCGCUCGCGCGUGCUAGUAUCCCCACCGAGCAAGCUCGUGACUAACAGCCCGCGCGCUGAUCAGGGCGGACGCGACGAGGGGCGCUCGUGGGGAGCACUGAUGGAAGAGAUCGACGAGGCGGUGGGCGAGCCGUUGCACCUAAUUGGCGAGCCGCUGGCGUCCGUCAAGGAAAUUUACGAGAAGCAGCCGGCCGAGGCCGACUUGGAGACCGUCCCGGCCUCGCGCAACAGCAUGGAGCGCAAGGGCGAGCCUGAGAUCGACCUCGUCGGUCCCGUCUACAGCAACAGGACGGGGAUCAUCGCUCGGGGACGCGACACCGUCUUGCCCGUGAACGACACGUCGCCCGAGUUGCGGCCCGCCGACGCUGGGAAGCCUGGGAUGCUGGAGGUGCGGAAGCUGGUCGAGACUGGCCUCGGCGCGCCCGUCGCUAGCAUGCACGCCGGUGGCGAGUGGCGGGCGAACGACGGAUUGACGGACGCUUCUCGAGUCCCAACCAAGGACCUCUUCCUCCAGCGUGGCCGGGCCGUCAACCCUACGCUGGGGGAGCCAGCGUGGCCUGAAGAGGUCCGUGCCGCUCAGGUCGCCGACUCGAACGCGGUCGAGUCCGAUCUCUUCUCGGUCUCAAGUGUGUGCGCCGACUGGCAGCCACGCGGCGCUGCCCGUGCGUGGCACGCGAAGCCUCACCACGCGCUCACCGACGAGCUCUGCAAGACCGACAAGCCGCCCGCGAACCCGCCGGUCGACAAGCUCUCCAUCGACCUGCCCUCCCCGUUCCACUUUCCCUUCAUGAGCGGACCCUCCUCUUCCGCGCCUGUCCGCACCCAGCAGCGCUGUCAGUUUGGGGCCGCCUUGUUCUUGCUGCUCGGAGCGUGCGGCGGCGUGCUGCUCUCGGUGCGGAGGAGCAGCUCGGGGCGCCUCGUGCGGUGCCGGACAGGGGCGAGGCGUGGCGCGUGGCUGCUGAUUCUCGCCGCGCUGCUCCCGCUGGCAUGUGCACCAUCAGCCCACACGUCUGGCUCGGGCGCCGGCAGCAAAACGUUCAUCCUCGCCCCCCUCCCUCCGUCCUCUCCGUCGCCGCCGUCGCUGCCCCCUCCGCCGCCGCCCUCAGCAUCGCCGUCGCCGCCGCCGGCGCCGCCGCCCAAGGUGCUGGUCCAGUUCGCCGUCACCAGCGGCUCCAGGUGCGCCGAGAGCCUGCCGUACGGCCCGGAGCCGUCCAAUUUCGCGACGUCGACCUCGCCGCUGGUCUGCACCGACUGCGUCACCGACACGACCGACACGUGGGAGCAGGAGUUCUACUGCGACGGCAGCACUGGCCCCGACCUGACGCUCGAGUACAAGUUUGACACGGACCGCACGAUCGGCGCCACUCUCGCCGCGGCCAACAUGGGCGGCAUCCCCGUCACAUGGUCCGCCUCGGGCUCGCUCCUCAGCAGCCCCGUCACCAUGAGCGGCACGUGGGUCGGCACCUCGACCACCGUGUACUGGACCGGCUCCGUCGGCGCCUCCGGCUCGGCUCUGGCCUCGGACGACUUCGCGUGGAUGGGCGGCAGCGGCGUGAUCAUCGACGGCGACCAGCAGAACACGGUCUCCGGCUCCACCGGCGUCUGCUCGGGCCCGGGCGUCUACGGCCAGUCGAACUGCAACUCGGACGACAGCAGCUGCAGCACCCUGUACUACGGCUCGUCGUCCAAGUCGUGCUCGAGCAUGAUCACCCGCGUGUACGCGCGCGCCGGUCCCAAGCCGCCGGCGGCGCCUCCCUCCGCCUCGCCGUCCUUGCCAUCUCCGCCCUCUACGCCGCCGGUGUUCCCCGGCUUCGAUGUCGCCGCGGAGAGCGAGGCUAAGCUCCGCUCCCUGAUCACGGAGGCUGCUACUUCGCAAGCCGACGUCGCAAUCUACCUGCCGUCCAGGGCAGACUUCAAGCUGUUCAGCCAGAUCAGCUGCACCUCCACCAUCAAGGUGACCGUCGCGAGCAGCGGCGAGGGCGCGACGCUCGACGGCCAGGGACAGUCCGGGCUCUUUUACCUCUCGGGCGGCUGCAGCCUCACCCUGCGGGGGCUGACCCUCGUCAACGGGAGGGCAAGCAGCGGCGGCGGUGUUGUGUUCGCGAGUGGCGCAGGCGACGUCGAGAUCAUCGACUCGACGCGCGGCGGCGUCGUCUACGCGGAGGGCAGCGGUGCGGUCUCGAUAAUCGGCUCGAACGUGUCGGGCUGCUCGGCUGGCGGGUCCGGCGGCGUCGUCUACGCGUUUUUCAGUGAGUCCCUCUCCGUCGCGGGUGUCGACUUCAUCGACAACGGAGCGGGGAGGUCAGGCUCGGUGCUGUACCUGGACGAACUCCGCCAACGCACCUCGAUCAGCGACGCCUCCUUCACCGGCAACACCGCUGGCGACGACAAGACGAUACAGACCGACUCGCCGAUAGACUGGGACUGCCGCUUGGGCAGCUGGAUGCAGACCGAGGGCGCCUUUAAGGGCGACUUCAGCGUCAAGAUCCUGUUCGGCUUCUACCAGAUCAGUACCGUCUUGUCCUCCACCUACUCCGCGCGGCUGCCGGACAAGUACACGAGCUGGACGGACAACUUGGCCAACGUGAUUUCCGUCGACUGGUCUGGCUUUUUCCUGCCGGAGCAGUGCCUCGGCUACGGUAUGCGACUCCUCGCCAUCGCCCUCUCCCCCGUCGCCCUCAUCGCCCUGCUAAUGAUCGCGGGGAUAAGUCUGCGGCUCUACCGCUGGCGCGCCGCCCCGGCGCCGCGCGAGAGGCCGUGGUACGCGGAGGCGGCCCUCGGCCUCCUCGACCUCACGCCGGCCGGCCUCGUGCUCGUCUUCUGCUUCGCCUACACCACCUCUCCGCCCGGCGAGGAGCUAGAGCAGGUCUCCUACAUGCGGCAGGACGCGAGCGUCGAGUGCGGCUCCGACGAUCACGGACCCAUCACCACCCUCGCCACCGGCUUCAUCGUCCUCUGGCCCGCCGGCUCGCUGGUCCUCUUCACGUCGCUCCUCGCCGCUUGCUACAAGCCGCUGCAGGCCAAGACGCCGAAUGCUCUGACGCGGGCUGCCGGCUUCCUGCACCGGGAGUACGAGAAGACCUGGUGCUGGUGGGAGGCGGUCGAGCUGGCGCGCAAGCUCGUGCUGACUGGCUUCGUGCUGCUGAUCCCGGAGGAGCGAGCCUUUGUUCGCCUCGUGGUGGCGACGCUCAUCUGCUCAUGCUACGCCGUCGCGCUCGCCGUCGUGCGGCCGUACAAGCGGGUCGAGGACAACGUGCUCGCCGUCGCCACGAGCCUCGUGCUCCUCCUGCUCUUCCUCGGCACCAACUGGAGCACCACCUUCCUCGGCAUCGAGGAGCGGUACCAGGGAGCAGAUCCCGCCGAUGUCCUCGGCUUCCGCAGCCUCAAUGUGAUUGUCGACUCGAUGAUCAUCCUCGUUGCAGUCGUGCUCGCCUUCUUCCUCGUCGGCGCCAUCGUCGCCGCCCGUCGCGUCGCCAAGAUCCCCACGAUCCGACUCGUCUCGACCAAGCAGCCCCCCGAGCUGAGCAUCGCGAUGGGCCUCACGUGGCACCUCUUCAACAGCCACAUCUGGUCGACCGGUCAAGACGCCGUCAAGGUCAUCAAGGGUGAGCUCGAGCAGCUGCUGCCGGACAUCAAAGUAGAUGAUCUCAAGGAUAUCGGGGCGCUGGAGGAGUACAUCCAGAGCUCGCAGGUCAUCCUCUUCUUCCUCUCGCAGGGCUACUUCCGCUCCAAGGCUCGCCUCUUCCUCCCACCCCGCCUCUACCGCACCCUGGCCCCAAGAACUGCCGCCUCGCCCGCGCCACAGAACUGCCUCCGAGAGGUCCGCUCGUCGCUCGAGAAGGACAAGCCGCUGGUCCUCGUCCAAGAAGCGGACCCUGAAAAGGGCGGCGGGACGCUCCAGGCGCUGCGCGACGAGUGCCCCGAGGACCUGCAGCCGGCCAUCUUUGACAACGACUGGCCGCUCACGAUUUGGUAUCGCAUCGAUGAGUUUCAGCUCAUCUCCCUCAAGAUCAUCGCCGAGGCGCCGCCGGCCACAACCAGCUCCGCGGUGCUCCUCUGCUCGCCCAACUUUCUGGACAGGACCUCCCUUCCGCUCUGCGUGUCGGGUGAGCUCGAGAGCCAGUCGCUCGCCUUUUCCAAACCGUGCACGCUCUGGGCCUCGCCUGCCAACGCGGGGUCGCUGGCGCUGGCCGAUGAGAUCGCCGCCGCCUUUGCCCCAGAUCGUGAGACCGCCGGUCUCACGAUCUGCACCAGCGAUGAUCGGCCGGCCAGCGCGACGCACUUGCUGCUCUACCUCAACGAGGACAGCUUCGUCAGCGACGAGCGGCUGGCCGAGCAGGUCAAGCAGGCGCGCCAGGACAGGCUGAAGAUCGUCAUGGCGCACGAGAACGACCCCGCGCUCGGCGGCUGCCAGUUCUCGAGGUUUUUCGAAGAGCUCAUCGCCGGCGGACUCUACAAGGACCUGGCAAAAUCUUGCUUCCCCGGCCACCACCGCAAGGCGCGCGCGCCCCUCUCUCACACACAGCGAGCUCUCCCCCGCAUCGAGCGUUUCGUGACGAGGGGCGGGUCCCUGCCCGCAGGCAGCGUCGUUGAGGGCAGCACCAGUCUCGCGAAGCGCAGCCUUGGCGGACUCAGCCGGGUGUUCGCCAAGAUGAGCAGCCGCAGCUCUGCGGAGGCGCGCGACGUCUCUGGAGGCGAGGCGUCGUCGGUGCAGCAGCAGGUCUGA